AUUAAUCCUCUUUUAAUCUUUACGACGCAUUAAGCUAUAUGGUAAUUGUCUGCAAAAGGUGUACCGUAGACAAUAGUCUGUUAUAUGUAUUACUUUCAAGAAAAUUGUGUAUAGUGCAGGUUUACAAUCAUUUUAGUUAUGAAGUUCAGCAUUAAAUCUACAACUUCUUACAAUAGUAUCCACCCUACUUAUCACUAUAAUGAACAAUUUGCUAACAACAUUGAAACGUACCAGGAAGGUACAAAAUGGUUUGGUAUACUUUUAGCAUUCCUAUCUGGUACAUUUUUUACAAUCAGUUCUGCUUUAGUAAAAGCAAUCCGUAAUGUUGAUCCGAUGAUAUUGCUAAUUAUUAGAGCAGUUCUGCAAAUAUUAGUAAUGGUUAUUAUUGCGAUUAAAACAACUAAAAAUAUACUAGGACCUAAAAAUCAACAGAUGCUUAUACACCUUCAGGGUUUUGUAGGUGGAAUGACUUUAUCAUUAUUAUACUACAGCUUUAGAAAAUUACCUUUGGGUGAUGCUACAACAAUUAUAUUUAGUUCUCCAAUUAUUGUUAUUGUACUUUCCUUUGUAUUCCUAAAAGAACCAUGUGGUUUGUUGCGCAUAAUAGUUGCCUGUGUGCUCUUUACGGGUGUUAUACUUGUAGCCAGGCCACCAUUAUUAUUUCAGAUACAUAAAGCAGAAUCAUACGAUGUUAUAGGGUAUGUAUAUGCACUGACAGCAACUCUAUUUACAGCCUUAAAUAUUGUGAUAAUGAGAAAAUGUCAGGAAAUACACUAUUCCAUAAUUGUUCUAAAUUUAUCUACAUGGUCACUCAUGGCAGCAACAUUUUUCUUCUUCAUUAUUCCUGGAAAUAAUGAACACAAGUUGAUUUUACCAAAUGACUGGUUUACAUGGGGCAAAAUACUUUCUUUAUCAAUAACUGGACUUUGUGGGCAAGCUCUUGUAACGAAAGCUUUAAAAAUUGAAGGAGCAGGAAAAGUAUCGAUUACUAGAUCAUUAGAUAUUAUUCUAGCAUAUAUUGUACAAAUAUAUGUUUUUGAAGAAGAACCAUCAUCAACAAGUGUCAUCGGAGCAAUAUUAAUUAUCUUUUCUGUCUUAUGUAUGGGAUUUGAAAAAGAAAUUUAUGGUAUUUGCGACUUUAUUCCCUAAAUAAACAUACAGUUUAUUAAAUUUUUAUCUGCUCUUAACUUAAAUACAAUUAAUAUCAUAGAUAUAUUUAUGCAUUGCAAAAUCAUAUCAGUUACACUGAUAAUUCUGUUUCCACUUCUUUCCGCAUUGUAACAUUUGACUAUAUUUAUUUGAAUGAAUGAAUAUCUACAUGCAUUAUGCUUACUGAUGCUUCAAAUUAAAAAUUUUGUAUUUAAUCAAAUUUCGGUUCAUAAGAAACAAUUAAAAUACCUAAAAAUGUUCAUAAAUUAUAAGCUAUUGCACAAAAUAAGAAUAUAUUCAAUUUUUGCAAACAUGUUAUCUUUACCACAGCAGUGGAGUGUACAUAUACAUACGUUUUUUUUGUAUAUAUAUAUAUAUAUAUAUAUGUAUAUAUAUAUAUACAUAUUUUAUAC